AUGUGGCCUUUAUCCAUGGUUGCAUCUCUUUAUUUGGGAUUGUCCACCCUGGUUCUCUUAAUAAACUUUCAUGAAUGCCUCAUUGAGGUUUAUGUAUACUUAAAAGCUGCCGCUCCUGCAGCUGGGUGCAGUGCAGAUGACUUGGAUCUCGCUACCUUGGUUGAGUCUGGAAACCGAUGGGUUGACUCCGUUCUUCUAGUGGAUGACCAACCAUGUCCGCAAAGAGAAAAUGUUACUGACGAUGGGGAUGGAAUUGGCGCCAAAAUUCUAAACGCAUAUGAGAAAUACUACACCGGCAUCAUCGUGUACUUAAGUCCCGACAAAAACUUCACGACUGAGCCAUUCUCGGUUGAGAUUCCCAGGAGCGUUGUUGAUCGGACGAACCUUACCGUCCAUUUCGUCGGCUAUGAAGAGGGAGUGGAACUGAAGAAAUUUAUAUUCAGUUCCUUACCCAGUACCAGAUACGAAUUACGCAUCGGAAAGAAUCUGACGCGCCUACCAACCAACGAGUCGUUUGAUUCCUUUUCCUCGCUGCUUGCAAAUUUCCUACACGGUGGUAACUCUCAUGGUUAUUCCUCUUAUUCCACCAAAGCGGACAAUUCCCAGACUUUUAACCAGACAGUUGCUCUGGCGGUGGCUGUUUCCGUGCUUGUUUUCAGCCUGUUAAUGUAUGCAAUCCACCGUUGCUGCCGACAACGUAAACUGAGGGCUACCCGAUCGGCAACCGAAAGGGCUCAAUGCCCAUCCCAGGAGGAAGCUUUCCCGAUUGCUGCUAUCAGGGAAGAACUUGUGAAAAGACACAUCGAGUUACUUAUUGCUCAAAAUGAAGCACCUGAACUAGAGCAUCCACAUGCCACUGGGGUUCCACUAACGGAAGAUGAAAUGAACCACCUUACCCAAGCCGAGGUCACCCAGCAAUCGGACGACAUGAUAUGCCCUAUGUGUCAGCAAAAUUUGGCUACUGGCGAAAUGAUGAUAACCUUGCCGUGCCAGCAUAUUGGCCACAAGGAGUGUUUGACAACAUGGCUGAUUACCUAUUCACGAAACUGCCCAGUAUGCAGGCAGUCGGUGGGUGCUGAACCGGUUACUGAAACAACCGGAGCGGAUCCCUGAACCGAUGUUGCCGAAUUUGCACUCGGCUGCGUGGAAUCGGAUGCACCUACAUUUUGUCGAA